AUGAUUGAUUCGAGUUUUCCAGAAAAAUGUAAAUCAGUAAUCAACGGAGGUCCGAGUUGGGCCGUUUUCUGCCUUCUUGACCUUCUCGACAGUUUCCUCUGCAUCGUAUUCAGAUUCCUAGACGAAGUUAUGGAAGAAAAACUAGAGUCCUGUCAUUGCAAAGACCCUCAAGAGACGACAGAUUUCGCCGGAUACGAGUUUCUUUCUGACCAUCGACAGUUUUCGGAGACUCUUUACCGGAGGAGAAACAUUUUCCGACAAGCCGGUUUUCUCCAGCUUGCGAGAAAACUCCCUGAGAUCACCAAGAAAAUCGGUAUCGUUACUUUCCUGAGAAAAUUCCUUGUUCCCGAGAAACUGAAGAAAGUCCCUCGUGAGGUUGCAAACCGGUGGUCAGAUUGUCGUUGUAAGACUUGCGUUUCUUGUUCCAACACCGAUUUACUUAACGUGAUUGUCAAGCAACCUUCGUUAUCUCAAGCUUUGUUGAUGAGCAACAAACCGGUAGAGAACGUGAUUUUCAUACACGGAUUCUUGGCAUCUUCAUCGUUUUGGACCAACACAGUGUUCAAAUAUCUACCGGAGAAGACUAACUACAGAUUCUUCGCGGUAGAUCUUCUAGGGUUCGGAAACAGCCCAAAACCGAGAGACAGUCGAUAUUCGUUGCAAGAACAUGUAGAAAUGAUCGAGAAAUCAGUCAUUUUACGAAAUAAUUUGACUUCAUUCCAUGUAGUAGCACACUCAAUGGGAUGCAUAAUUGGUGUAGCCCUAGCUGCGAAAUUCUCCGACAGCGUCAAGUCUGUCGCUUUAGUAGCUCCGCCGUAUUUUGCUGAUUCAAAAAGAGGAGCAAGUUGUGAUGCUCUUGAUGUGAUCACCGAGAAGAAACUUUGGCCACCUACUUCGUUUUUCUUGGCCAUGAUGGCUUGGUACGAACACAUUUGCCGUGGCGCUUGCUUUGUUGUUUGUAAGCACCACCGUACAUGGGAGUGGAUCAUCAAAACUGUAACUUGGAGAAGGAAACUUCCAACGUCUAUAGUUGACUUCACGAAGCACACACAUCGAUCGGCGUGGCACAGCAUGCACAAUGUGAUAUGCGGAGGAGCGAAAUUCACGGAUAAACACCUAGAAACUUUGAUUAAUUCCGGUGUACAAAUAUAUGUGGUGCAAGGGGAUAAAGAUGACAUUGUGCCUAUUGAUUGUCUUUGGAAUAUGAAGGCCAACUUCGGCGGUUGA